GCUACUGACAGUCACACUGGGAAGAAGGGAUUGAAAGGGGUCAGGGAGGAGCCCUGGGAAGCCCCAGGAAGUUCCCCAGUCACCCUGGAAAACUGGUUCAACCGGUGUCUGCGCGUCCAUCCCAGGGAGCACAGGUGAAGCCUCCAGAGCCUGUGGGAAAGGGGUGCUGGGCUAGGCUGGCCUCAGCUAUGCCUCAGAGCUACCUCCGGGACCCCCACUGAGCUGGGCCACUUCGGAUGGGCAGGACCCAGCCCUCUGACCCCCUCGGCGUCCAGUAAGUGGCCCCUUGACAUCUCCACAGGACGCCAAAAUGGAGAUUCCUGCUGGGGCCCAGCAGCCCUUCCCAAGGGGCCUCCUGCUCUCAGCCUCAAUCCUGGCCCUCUGGGUCCCCCAAGGCUCCUGGGCAGCCCUCCGCAUCCAGAAGAUUCCAGAACAGCCUCAAACGAACCAGGACCUUCUCCUGUCUGUCCAGGGCAUCCCAGGCUCCUUCCAGGACCUCACCUGGUACCUGGGGGAGGAGGCCGAUGGCGGGACGAUGCUCUUCACCUACAUCCCGGAGCUACUGCGGCCCCAGAGGGACGGCAGCGCCAUGAAGCAGCGCGACAUCGUCGGCUUCCCCAACGGCUCCAUGCUGCUGCGUCAUGCCCAGCCUGCCGACAGCGGCACCUACCAGGUGGCUGUCACCAUCAACCCUGCCUGGACCAUGCGGGCCAAGACUCAAGUCCAGGUGGCUGAAAAGCUGAAGGAGCUGUCCAUUACAAACCUGCCCAUGAGUGCUGGGAUCGUGGCUGCCAUCAUCAUUGGGUCCCUUGCCACUGGCUCUGUCUUCGUCGGCAGCAUUGCCUACCUCCUGGUGACAAGAGGCUGGAGGGCCCAGAGCCGCAGGAUGAUGGCCUCGGAGAAACCAGAGCUGGGCCCCCAUCAUCAUGCCGGUGACAACAACAUCUAUGAAGUGAUGCCGUCUCCGGUCCUCCUGGUAUCCCCUCUCAGUGACAUGGGGUCCAUGAACGCCAUGGCGCCACCGCCCCUGACCCCGCCCCCGCCCCCGCCCCCUGCGCCGGAGCCGGAGAACCAGCCCUACCAGGACCUGCUGAAUCCGGACCCUGCUCCUUACUGCCAGCUGGUGCCAGCCCCCUGAAGGGGUCCCAGGCCAGACCAGUCAGGGCAAGGGGAAACCUCAGCCCUCCCCGGGGACCGUGCACCUGCAGAGAAGCCACACCAGAGACCCAGCAGGACCAGGCCGUCGGGGCUGUGGGCUGAUGAGGGGACUCAACCAAAGACUCCACAGGGCAUUGGGCUUUGCGCUUGUGUUUGGGGCUCGCUCACCUUCUGAGCGUACAGCCGCCCUUAAGUCUCGUCCUCCAGCAACCUGGCCUGGGCCGCAUGCCCGGGAAUGGCAGACUCCUGCCUCUUUCCCACUGCAAAGUCCCCCAUCCGGACAUUUGGCGGGGGUGGGGGUGGGGCGUGAUUGCAGGCCUACCUCCAGCCAGACCUCACAAGCACCUGCUGGGCUGGGCUCCCUGCUCUCAGCCCACAAGGCCCCACCCGGCUCUGCUCAUUGCCCUUGAAGCCCCUUCCCUGGGGACAAGGCAGCCUCUGCCACGCAUGCCCUGGAGGACAAGGCACGUGACAGCAAGGCAUGGCCUCACGGGCCCAGGGCCCCAGAUGACAGUCCUGGCCUGUUACCACGGCCACCGGGCCCCUUCCCUGCUCAGGCAGAUCCUGCCCCUCUCAAAACUCGGUCUCAGAGCCUGUGGCCAACUUCUGCCCCAUUUGCCCCCAAACCAAGGCCCUCAGGGCAGCCCCUUCCUUCUCUGCCCCCAACCCAACCCUGUCCUAAACGUGGUGGGUGCGAUAAUUUAUUCACGCGCUCAGCAAUAAACAAGCUGUGUGCCCCCUGCGGUUCUGGAUCCUGCAGCUCUGGCAGGGCCCGAAAUAAAACAAAGCUUCCUGCUCUCUGGCAACAGUCAGGAAACAAAAUAAAUAACUAACAUAG